UUAGUUUUCGUUCAAGUGAACAACUUAAUCCAAAAUUAAACACUUAAAAUGAGUUUUUCUUAUACAAAAUUGCCUUAUUAUGGGCCAUGAUAGCCACAGUGUUUAAAUGAAUAGGUCGGUAAAUCGAACAACCCAAUAUUCAAUAUGGAGACUGAAGUAGAUUUUAUUGACAGCAGAAAAGCUAGUGUUAUUAGUGAUGUUAAGUCGCUCUCAAGACGAGUGUCAGAGCUGGAUCCUGCGACAUUCGAGGAGGCCAUUGCCGAAACCAAAUUUGGAAAAUUCAAUUUGUUGCUCUUCGUAUUGGCUAUACCAGCGAGUUUAUGUACGGUAUUUGAUACGUCGACUAUGUCAUAUACGUUUGUGGCUGCUCAAUGUGAUUUAGAACUCUCUUUAGAUGAUAAGGGCUUAUUAAAUGCAGUAACGUAUGCAGGUAUGAUCUCUAGUGCGAUAAUAUGGGGAUUUCUAUUUGAUGUCCUUGGAAGAAAAAAACUUUUAGUAAUCGGCUUCCUUGUCGACUCCAUAUUUGUAUUCACAAGUGCCUUGACACAAAAUAUUGCUUUACUACUAGUCACAAAAUAUUUACAAGGCUUUAUCAUUAAUGGACCAUUCGCAGCUUUAAGUUCAUAUAUGUCCGAGUUCCAUAGUGCAAAAUACAGGCCCAUGUGUCAAAUUAUCAUUGGUUCCUGUAAUAGUUUUGGAACAGCUUUCCUUCCACUGAUAGCCUGGUUGAUUUUACCGUAUAAAAUUGACUUCUUUGUUGGGGACUACAGUUUUCAUUCCUGGAAUAUCUUCUUACUUGUAAGCGGAUUACCAGCAUUCACCAGCGGUCUAUUCUACAUGUUUUUACCCGAAAGUCCCAAGUUUCUCAUGACAUGCGGACAAAACGAGAAAGCUUUGGAAGUGCUGAGGAGAGUCUACAGCAUCAACACAGGAGAACCAAGAGGCUCUUAUCCUAUCAAGCUGCUCAUCGACGAAACUAAACUGAACGGAAAUAGCAAACAUGGAGGGAAAGUAACUGCUCAAAGAAGCACAACUCAAGCCUUGAAAGAAGGUUUGCAGCAAAUCAAACCGUUGUUCUAUCCGCCUCAUCUAGCGAAAGUUUGUCUUACUUGUAGCAUCAUGUUCUUUAGCGUUAUGAGUUUGAAUAUGUUACGGUUGUGGUUACCCCAGAUUUUCCAAACAAUGACGGAUUAUCAAAUAAUGCACGAUGGAGCAUCGGCAAGUUUAUGUACGAUGUUGGAAAUUAUUACUCCCACAAAUUCAAGCAUUUCCGGAAAGUGUGUAGUGAAUACAGACAAUUCCACGAUAUAUAUCAACUCCAUUAUAGUUGGUAGUACUGCAAUAUGUGGAUAUAUUCUGGUCGGUACACUCAUAAGGCUUUUAGGAAAAAAGAAAAUUUUAUUGGUGGUACAAUGUCUAGGUGGUGGAUUCUGUAUUGGAAUGUACUUUUCGCAACAACCAAGCGUCGCUCUGGCAUGCUCAGCUAUAUUUAUAGCUUGCGGAUCACUAUCCAGUAAUAUUGUGAUAUCGGUAACUGUGGAUUUGUUUCCAACAACUCUCAGAACGUUAGCCAUAGCAUUGGGAAUGAUGAUAGGUCGAAUAGGAGCACUGGGUGGAAAUUUAGUGUUUCCCUUUUUAAUAAAAAGUGGAUGUGAACCACCAUUCUUUGUGGUCGGUGGUUUCAUGAUAGCUGCAGCUUUGCUGAGUCUACUGUUACCAAAUACUGACAUGCAGGCUCUGCAAUGAAUAUGACUUAAAUUUAAUACCCAAAAUAUCCGCUCUGUUUGUAGAGUCCAACCAAGAAAGGACCAAAAAACAGACAAUCAUGGUUUUUAAAGAAGUGAUUUUUAUAUUUGUACAAUUAUUACAUUAAACGAAUUGUGAUGUUAGUUUAUAAUAAUAGUAUUACAUUGUAUAUUAGUAAUUAUUUCUAUGAAAUGUAAAUACUCAAAUUAAAAAUAUAUCAUAUAAGGGAAAAAUUAAUUUAA